AUGGCCGAGCACCUCGCGUCGAUCUUCGGCACGGAGAAGGACCGCGUGAACUGCCCGUUCUACUUCAAGAUCGGCGCGUGCCGGCACGGCGACCGCUGCUCCCGCCUGCACAACAAGCCGUCUGUCUCGCCCACGCUGCUGCUCUGCAACAUGUACCAGCGCCCCGACAUGAUCACCCCGGGCGUGGACGCGCAGGGCAACCCCAUCGACCCCGUCAAGAUCCAGGGCGACUUCGAGGACUUCUACGAGGACAUCUUCGACGAGCUCAGCAAGCACGGCGAGGUCGAGAACCUGCACGUCUGCGACAACCUCGCCGACCACCUCAUUGGCAACGUCUACGUGCAGUUCAGGGAGGAGGACCAGGCCGCCAAGGCCCUCCAGGCGCUGCAGGGGAGGUUCUACUCGGGCCGCCCCAUCAUUGCUGAGUUCUCGCCCGUCACCGACUUCAGGGAGGCCACCUGCCGGCAGUUUGAGGAGCACAACUGCAACCGCGGAGGGUACUGCAACUUCAUGCAUGUCAAGGAGAUAGGCAGGGACCUGAGGAAGAGGCUGUAUGGGCACCUGCAUAGGUCCGGGAGGAGCCACAGCAGGAGCAGCCGGAGCCCGAGCCCCUACCGUCACCAUGCCAGGGACCGUGAUCGCUCCUCACGGUCUAGGGACCGCGGCGACUACUAUGNNGUAGCUUGGACCGUGGCGACUAUGGUGACUACUACCACCAUAGCCGGAGGAGCAGCGAGAGGAACCGCAACUAUGACAGUGAUGGGAGCAGGUGCCGGCGACACAGGUCCAGGACUAGGAGCCCCGUCAGGGAGGGCAGCGAGGAGAGGAGGGCGAAGAUUGAGCAGUGGAACCGUGAAAGGGAGGCGCCUGCCAGGCAGGGCAGCGAAGAGAGGAGGGCGAAGAUCGAUCAGUGGAACCGUGAGAGGGAGACUGCUCAGGCGUGAGAUCUCCUGUCUGACUGCAGGUUCUGUCAGAUGUGUAAAAGUUUACGUCAGGCACACAUUGUUAUGUGAAAACAAGUUCAGCAAUCGGCGGAUUGCUUUGCUCAGGAAGCUUGUUCGAGUGCAAUUGCAAGUUUGCAACGGGAACUGA